GCGGCACACUUGGUUCAAUGUGUGAAGGUGUAAAUAUAAGUCAUGCAUGUGAAGCGGUUAAAGUAACUGGAGAAAGAGCAACUUACAGCUACAUGGAUUUAAUAAACCAGGAGGAAAAUGCAAACAGGGAAACUCCUGCAGAGGCGAGACGCUGCCAAAAGUGUCGGCUGACAGCUCGUGUGGCAGUUGCUCUGGCAACAGCAAUCCUGGUCGUGGGACUUCUUUUGAGUUUGGUACUACUUGUCACAUGGACAGGAGCACAAGAAGUGGAUCAGACCUCCAAAACUUCAGGAGAGGAGCUGAUGAUUGAGCAACUGCAGCAGUGCCAAAAAGAGCGCCAUGAUGUGAACCUGAUGCUCCAAACUGCAACUCAGGACUCCAGGUGCACUUUGUGUCCAGACGGCUGGCUGUGGUGGAGGAGUCACUGCUACUUCUUUUCAGUUGGACUGCAGGAAGAUCGUCAGUGGAGUGAGAGCGCAGAGUUCUGCCUGCAGCACGACGGCAGCCUCGUUGUAAUCAAAGACUCGGCAGAGAUGGAGUUUAUCCAAGGUGUGAUGAUGAAGUUCCCCCAGUUUCCCUUCCUGUGGGUGGGACUGACAGAUGCCAAGCAGGAGGGUCAGUGGCUGUGGUGGGACGGGGCGGACAUCCAGCACUACAUGCCGGUGACGGUGCAGUGGGAUGCAGAUCACAGGGACUGUGCAGACCUGAGGGGAGAUGGGAGUCUUUUUGCCACCAGCUGUGAGGCUUAUGGACCCUGGGCUUGUAAGAGAGACUCCUGACACACAUCCAGACACAUUUUAGAUUUCUUUAUUUACAACCCACCGGCAAAAGUCUCCUUUUUCCCUUUUUUAUACAUAAGAUUUGAUAUUUUUACAAAAUUUAGAACAUCUACUUCAGCUAAACUUUGUCAUGCAAAGCAUCAUAGGAGGCAAAAGUGAAGGACAUGUACGUCCAAACAUCUUGAUUGGAGAGCUUUACAUUUGUAAACAUGUAUGUAACUGAUAUAACGGUAAAAUAAUGACUAUUUUUCCUCCAGAAAUAUCUGGGGGAGAAGAAGUGUAAUGUAAUGUGAAAAGCCAAAGAUGAGAAUCAAAGACAAUACGAUAUUUACAGGAAUUAUUUAUUAUAUUCAUAUCAGAAAUUGCAUUUUGAAGUGCAUGCAUGUAUGUAGGAUGUUUUCACAUUUUCAUGUCUACACAUAAAUAUGAAUGUGGAGA